ACUUCUCCGAGGGGCAAACCACCAAGAGUUAUAAACUGAAACAUACGGUAUAGAAAAACACAUGGGUAAGCAGAGAAAAAAACGGAUUACUCCACACAGCAGAAACAUCUCUUCACGUCCAUGAGUAUUUUAAAGCAAUCCUCCCGACGCGCUCUAUAGGAUGUUAAUAUAUAAAGAAGAAAGCAUCAGAGGUGCAUGGAAAUGGUGGUUCAUAUGCAACCUUCUCUCGCUUCUACAUGGAGUAAUAUCCAAAAGCAGUACAACAUUGGAUAUAAUGACAAAAUAUCCACUAAUUGAUGGACACAAUGACCUGGCACUACGUCUGAGGAUGCACUUUAAAAACCAAUUGAACAAUUUCAGUUUACACAACAUUUCUAAUGUGGCUACAGAUAUUAGACGCCUGACUGCUGGUCAUGUUGGAGGACAGGUUUUUGCAGCGUACGUGUUGUGCACGGCUCAGGACAAAGAUGCAGUCAGACUGACCUUGGAACAGAUUGAUGUAAUUCGUCGUAUGUGUACUGAAAACCCAGAGAUGGAACUGGUCACCACAGCUGAAGGAAUGAGGAACAGUACAAAAAUCGCAUGUCUAAUCAGUAUCGAGGGAGGCCACUCCAUCGACAGUAGUUUACCAGCACUACGCAUGUUCUACCAGCUUGGAGUAAGAUCCAUGGCCCUCACACAUACCUGCAACACCCCAUGGGCUGAGAGCUCAUCUAGUUUUUACCCAAAUUACCAGCGGAAGAAUAACAGCCUGACAGAUUUUGGCAAGGCAGUGGUGAAUGAGAUGAACAGGUUGGGAAUGCUGGUUGAUCUGUCCCAUAGCUCAUGGGAGACAGCCAGAGCUGUGCUGAAACAUUCUGCUGCUCCAGUUAUUUUCAGCCACUCCUCAGCCUAUGCUAUCUGUAGCAAUGUUCGCAACGUACCUGACAACCUGCUGAUGAUGCUGAAAGAAAAUGGUGGGCUUAUCAUGGUGAACUUCUACAGCAGUUUUGUAGCAUGUUCAUAUAACGCAAAUGUGUCUAUUGUGGCUGAUCAUUUUGAUCAUAUAAAGCGGGUGAUUGGAGCGGAAAGCAUUGGGAUUGGAGCAGACUAUGAUGGGGCACAAGGAUUCCCUAAAGGCCUGGAGGACGUCUCCAAAUAUCCAGCACUAAUUGAGGAGCUGAUAUCAAGGAACUGGACUGAGGAAGAGCUGGCUGGAGUGCUAAGACUGAACUUCCUCAGAGUGUUCCGAAAAGUUGAGAAGGUGCGGGAUGAUUUGCUGCACAUUUCACCCAGUGAGGUUGAAAUCUCACUUUCGGAAGUGAACAACAGCUGUCGUGUGAUGCUGAUCCAGCCAGUUUUGCCUAAAAGAAGCCAUGAAAAUGGAAAUGCUCCAUUGAUGCCUGUGAAAGCUUUAAUCUGCUUCAUCUUACUUUGGAUCCAGUUACUCUAACAAAACAAUGAAUCAACCAACCAGAGACUAUAUACAAAAUUAAUCUUUACCACAGACUGCUUGGCCAACAAACAUCUCAACAAGACCAGAGGUACAUUUGAAGUCAAUUUGCUGAUUGAAACUGACACAUUUAGGUGCUUUGACAGUUUUGGAAACUGUUAUGUUUGGUAAAAGUUUAUGAAGACCAUACUUUAUAACGGUUUCUUGGUAUGCAUUGCUAGCGUACAGAUCACAUGAGAUAACAAAAUGAGGUAAUAAACCACAUUGUUGCAUUAUCUUGCACUUCUUUAGCAUAUCAGUAAGAAGCAUCUGUUUCUUUCGAUCUGUCUGGUAUUUCCCUUUUGCAGCAGUAGAUAUAAAAAAUAUUUUUUUUAUACAAAAAUAAUUAUUUGAUUUGAUUAUUAUGAUUAUAAUUACAUUAUUUCUUUCCAAACACAUUUUUCAAGCACUCCUAUCACCUCUUCUAGC